CACCCCCGAGUACUGAAACUGACACUUACCUCCACCACGCGAUCCCGCGUACUGAAGUCCCAAAUGCUUAAGAUUCUACUAAAACCCGAAACACAGAGGAACCAGCCACCAAGUUUCUGCGAAGCCGAGACACAAGAAAAGCUAAAAGCAUGGACAAAAUGAAGAUAGAAGAAGUUCAGUCUACUGCCAAGAAGCAGCGAAUCGCAUCCCACACUCACAUUAAAGGCCUUGGUCUUGAGGCAAAUGGAACUGCAAUAUCUUUGGCUGCUGGCUUCGUGGGUCAGGUUGAAGCUAGAGAAGCUUCUGGUCUUGUUGUUGAUAUGAUAAGGCAGAAGAAGAUGGCUGGUCGUGCACUCUUACUGGCUGGUCCUCCUGGUACUGGGAAGACCGCGCUGGCACUUGGAAUAUGUCAGGAGCUCGGGAGCAAGGUUCCAUUUUGCCCAAUGGUUGGUUCAGAAGUAUACUCAUCAGAAGUAAAGAAAACUGAGGUUUUGAUGGAAAACUUCCGUAGGGCUAUUGGUCUACGCAUCAAGGAAAAUAAAGAGGUUUAUGAGGGAGAGGUGACUGAACUCUCCCCAGAAGAAACUGAGAGUCUGACAGGUGGCUAUGGUAAAAGCAUUAGCCAUGUGAUUAUUGGAUUAAAAACUGUCAAAGGAACCAAGCAACUGAAGUUGGACCCCACUAUUUAUGAUGCCUUGAUCAAAGAAAAAGUGGCUGUUGGAGAUGUUAUAUAUAUUGAGUCAAAUAGUGGCGCAGUCAAAAGGGUGGGAAGGAGUGAUGCUUUUGCCACUGAAUUUGACCUUGAAGCAGAAGAGUAUGUUCCACUUCCUAAAGGGGAAGUUCACAAAAAGAAAGAGAUAGUCCAGGAUGUCACACUACAUGAUCUAGAUGCUGCCAAUGCGAGGCCUCAAGGUGGACAAGAUAUAUUGUCUUUAAUGGGUCAGAUGAUGAAGCCUAGGAAGACAGAAAUCACAGAAAAACUACGACAAGAAAUAAAUAAGGUUGUUAAUCGGUAUAUUGAUGAAGGUGUGGCAGAGCUUGUUCCUGGAGUUCUCUUCAUUGAUGAGGUUCAUAUGCUGGACAUUGAGUGCUUUUCAUACUUGAAUCGUGCGUUAGAGAGCUCACUAUCUCCAAUUGUAAUCCUUGCUACAAAUAGAGGAAUAUGUAAUGUACGAGGGACUGAUAUGAAUAGUCCUCAUGGCAUACCUCUCGACUUGUUGGACCGAUUGGUGAUUAUCCGAACACAAAUUUAUGGUCCUGCUGAGAUGAUCCAGAUCUUAGCAAUUCGAGCACAGGUUGAGGAACUUAUUUUGGAUGAGGAUAGUCUGGCACGCCUUGGAGAGAUUGCAAGAGAGACAUCCUUAAGGCAUGCCGUACAGCUGCUAUCUCCUGCCAGCAUUGUGGCAAAAAUGAACGGGCGAGACAGUAUUUCCAAGGCGGAUGUUGAGGAAGUGAGAGAACUAUACUUGGAUGCCAAGUCUUCCGCAAAGCUUCUUCAAGAGCAACAGGAAAAAUACAUCACAUGACCGUUCUGUUAGACUUUACUAGACAUCUACCAAAACUUAAGUUUGAACACAGUCCUUUGCAAUGCUACUUGUUGAAUUGAGAGAAUCUAGUUAGCUAAUGUAGCUUAAGCUGAACUCUUUUAUGGAGCACAUGAAUCAGCAGACAGUUUGUUCGGGGAAAUGGGGAAAAGGCAAUUCUUAACUCAAAUGAAAAAUUUUGUCGUUUUUUUUGGUUGGUUCAAAACUGUGUAGGUCCAUUAGUUUAAAUUUAUGGAUUCUUGUGGAAAUCCAAGACUUUAUAUGACUGAACUUUU